AUGCCAAAAAGUAGCGUUUUCUAUACAACAACAUUAUCAGAGAAACCGCUUAGUGAGUCGGAAAAAUCUUCUCUUAUAAAUAGUGACUCGAUGGAAUAUGCCGCAAACAUAAAGGCAGAUCUUACCGGAUGCCACCAGGGCGCGUUGAGCCCACCUCUGAGCACAUGUAAAAGGUCGUUUUAUAUAUCCGGUGUGCACAGUGCGUCAGAGAAGUCGAAGAUGACCAAGAGCUACGAAGAGCGCGUUUCUUCCUACCGACGAACUUUUGGCCCCGAAGGUCCCGGCCAGGCCCAGGCCUCGCAACAGUCCACUCGCUCUGAGCACGUUUCCUACAGCACUUCCAAUCUUCUCGGCUCAUCAAUGGGCGGUGGACGCACCACUCCAACUGGCACUUCCGGUACCAGACGAGUUCAGCGAUCACAUGAGCGAGCAAAGUCCUCCGGAGUCACUCGACGAGAUCUCGAAAACUUGGCUGCUCCUAUCGGUCCCCAGUUUGUCUCCCAGAGAACCAACGAGAAAGAAGAACUCAAGACCUUGAACAACCGAUUCGCCCGAUACCUCAAGCGAGUCCAGGAUCUCGAACGAGAAAACAAAAUUCUUGAAGCACAGCUCACUCAGCUCAAAUCUCGAGGACCUUCCAACCUUGCUGAAAAGUAUGAAGAAGAGCUCCGACGACUCCGCCAGAUGGUCGACAAGCUCACUCAUGAGCGAGCUAAGGCCGAGAUGGAGCGAGACAACUUCGCCAACGAAGCCGAGCAGUACCACGAAAAAUACGAGGAAGAACUUGCCCUCCGAAAGGACCUCGAAGCUGACCUCGCUCAGAUGCGAAAGGAUUGCGAUGACGCCACCCUCGUCCGAGUUGACCUUGAGCGAAAGAUCGAAACCAUGGUCGAAGAGAUGGAGUUCCUCAAGAAGAUCCACGCCGAUGAAGUCCGAGAACUCAAGGAUCAGCUCAACUCUGUUGAAAUCAAGAUCGAGGCUGCUCCUGGACCAGAUCUCAUGGGCAUGAUUGACGAGAUCCGAGCUCAAUACGAUAAGCUCGCUGCUCAGAACAAGAUGGAGGCCGAAGACAUGAUCAAGGCCCGCGUCGCAAAGGCCACCGAACAGUCGAAGAAGGACGCCGAGGCUAUCCGAGAAUACAAAGACCAAGUCGGCGAAUACCGAAAGACCGUCCAGACCCUUCACAUGGAGAUCGACUCGCUCCGAUCUGCGAACGACUCUCUCAACAGAAACUACUCCGACUUGGAAGGACGAAGCCGACAAGAUGCUAACAACUUUGAGGACCAGAUCCGUGCUCUCCAGAACGAAAUCGAGGACCUCAAGUCCCAGAUGGCCAACCAUCUCAGAAGCUACCAGGAAUUGAUGAAUGUCAAGGCUGCUCUCGACUUGGAAAUCAACACAUACCGAAAUCUCCUCGAAGGCGAAGAACAGAGAUUGGAUUCCCGACCCAACAAUGCCGAUCUUAUGUCAUACGCUCAGUCUACUCUCCAGCAGAGCCAACCUGUUGCACAGCCUGAAGAGCUCUCGACGGUGACGCACAAGCGAGUCGUUGUUCGAACUAUUCAGACCCGAGAUGGAGAGCAGACCGAAUCAACGGAAUCGACCACGGUUAGCGCGGGUGAGGUAGAGCCAGUCUCAGCCUCACUGAAGCCUCCCAUGUCCCCGAGUCCAGCGCGACGCGCGUCCGGGGAACAGGCAGGUCGAGACCGCACUAAAAAAUCCAGAGUCGGAAAGAAGGGCUCGCAAAGUCCCCAAAUCCCUCGCAAAUUGCUCCAGCGCGCGCGCUCGAGCUCCCGGGAUUCCCUUCACUCUCUUGACAGUGAAGAAGUCUUAGUCCGUCAUUAUUCUACCGAAGAUCUUAGUGUAAUUGCUCAGUCAGAGGAUGUCCGUGAAUCCAAUGAGUAA